AUGAAGCUCACCGACCUGGCCAUCGAGGCCCUCGAACAAAUCGAAGUUCAGUUCCACCAGCAAGCACACCUCGAGAACCUGGUGUCGCCCCUGGGGCGCCCACGGAAGCCCGGUGCCGGUCCUGCGGCCCUUGUGGCUCGUCUCCGGCGCAUGCUCCAGGCCAGCGCGCGUCUGGCGGAGCUGUCCGCGUGGACGUCGGUGUACGUGGCGGACCUCCUAGUGGUGGAAGUUGAGCUGCUUGCCGUGCUCGCAGCGAGCCGCAACCGACACAGCAGCGCUCCCGGGGGCGUGUUCUGGGCCUCCAUCGCCCCGAUACCGGCCCUGAUCUCAUCGGCAUUCCUGGAAGUGUCGUCAAUCAUGCGCAAGUGGCACGCGGCGGUGACCGGGGCAGGGGCGGUCUCGCAGGGCGCGUCCGUCGCGAGGGAGUUGCAGCGUCUGACCGAGGCCUUCCUGCGAGCUUCGGGGGAGGCAGCGGCAGCGGGCACGCCGUCCUCGCAGUCCACGUGCUGCGGCAUGUUCGCGGGGCUCCGGCAGGUCGUGGUGCUCAUGGUGCACGAGUGCAUGUGGGCUGCGCUGUCAGGCCUGACGUCAGGAGAAGUACAACUCACCGGCGACGCCAUGACCGACCAGCGGGUCGCGCAGCGCCGGUUCGAGGACGAGGCACGCUUCCGGGCCGACGUCCAGGCCGCCAGACUGCGCGGCGCCGCCCAGGACAGCGCCCCAGCGCCCGCGCACCUACAACAGGCGCAGCGCGGCACCGACGCGGCGCCAGCGUCGGCCGCGCUCGCGCACGCCGAGUGUCCGAUCUGCUGGAACGUGAUGACGGCGCCGGUGCUGCUCAACACCAACUCCGGCACGUCCUGCUGCCAGGCGUGCAUUGAGGGUUAUAUCACCAACGCCCGAUCCAAGGGGUUCCAACCCCGAGAUCCGAUCUCAAGGGAGCUGAUCCCCCCGGAGCGGCCGUUCAUCCGGAACCGGACGCUUCAGGCCGUCGUGCAGAGCCUCCGGGAGCUCCCUGCGCGCCAGGAGCGCACCGAGGCGCCGCCCGCAGCCACACCAAAGCUGACGCAGCAAGGUCAGGGGGAGUUCAUCGACCUGCGCGUCGAGACGGAGCCUUCGGCGCCGCCGUACGCAGGAGCGGGCACGCGGGGGUGGGCGGCCGACUGGGACUGGUGA